AUGGUUGACUGCCCAAUAUCUACAUCAUCACGAGGCCUGAUUGCCUUGUUUGGCAACGUUCAGAAGAGAUUACUCACUUUCGUCAAAAGGAAAUCAAUUGUCGCUGAGCAGGUCUGCUUGAAACGACCCCAGUCUGAGCCUCAAAGAUCAACAGCUAUGGACUCGUCUUCAAGAAGCACUGCUCUUCCGUGCCAUGAAGAUGGUGACGUGGAAAUCCAUCUCUCUCGAAAGCCAGAAGAUCGCUUCGUCGUUCACAGUGUGGGCCUUAGCUUACACUCCUCCUUCUUUAAGGCCAGCCUCAGUAGUCGCUGGGCUAGCGGCAAUCGUGGCUCACCAGAUGAAGGUACGAUCAAAUGGAAAUACCAAUUACGAUUCGACGAACUUGAUGGGGGUUCUACUGAUCAUCUGGAUCUUCUAGCCAGAGCGACAGCAGGAGCAGUCCAUGUAGCGGAGACGCCGGGCCUUCACUUCAGUACUGCCGCAAUUUUUACCAGGUGUGCUCCAUGGGUUCCCCAAGACAAUAACAAAACGAGCUUUCGAACAUAUACCACUGAAGCUCAUCGUCAAUACUUGAAGCUCAUACAUCAUAUACCGCUAGCCAUCGAUCCCAGCAACUUCGAGUAUGUUGUCAAGUCGAUCUACACCCUUGUCCGUGUAGCAGAUGCGUACGAUAGCCUCUCGGUUGUGUCAAUGCCUGUCGAGAAUUAUUUGAUUCGCUAUCAUAGCUCUGAUAUCGAAAGAUUCUCCAAUGCCAAUUACAAGGAACUUCUAAACAUCGCAAUGAAGAUCCACUCUCGCUGGCUGCUCAAAGAGAUUGUCUCUCGAAUCAUCGCAGAUCCCCUGUGGGAGGAUCAUGACAUCGAGCGCAAUUUCAGCAGUUUCGAGGCCGGUGAGUUGCUGCUCAGCAAGCGUGCUGAGCUGCGAGACAUGCUGAAGGACAUUCAUCAGCGUGUUGUCCUCAUAGAGCAGCCAAGGAAAACUGGAAGAAUGCCUGAUGAGCGUACAAUUACAUUCGCUACCGCGGCCUUCAGAGACGAGAUCAGCAGACUCUUCAGGUCCCAUCGAAACGGCGGCUCGGUCUCUUAUGCACGAAAGUUCCGACUCUUGAAGGAACGUCUCUUGCGGAACAUAGGCUCCGAAAUACAGUACCCUUCCCACCCGUACUGGUUCGACAGACUCUACGACAAGUUUGGCGAACCCGCAAAUAUCAGUAGAGAAGAUUUCGGGACUGUCUUUCAGUCGCUACAACACAGGACAGCUGAGAUCAUUGAGCCUUUUUUCGGCUGCGUUGUGAAGCAGCCAAGCGCAAAGCUGAGCAAGAGGAACGCUUCGUACCAAGGCUUCCUUUGCAUCAACGUAACCGAUGAUGAAUUGCCAUGGUAG